UCUGCAAAGUCAGUCAGUGUCAACAUGUCGUCGUGGGUUGUCUCCACCACUGAGCUGUACGAUUGCGGUGCCAAUGGGCCAACAUCAUCCUCGGCCACAUCCUCGCGGCAUACGCGACUUAUCCUGCUGGUGUGGCAUAAUCUCACCGAAAAGUGCCAGAAAUUCGGUAGUUUUCUACGACGGGAGACGAAUAAACCACUUCCCAAAGAACUGAGGCGAUCGUUACGUCUUAGCAAAUCGGCCAGGCGGAAAGGCUAUCGGAGCUGCGAGAGCGAGGCAGAUAAACGACUGAUGAAAGAGCGAUUAAACGAGCCCGCCAACAUAUCCAUUCGCAUGGGUCCUGCUUACGACUAUAGACCAUUGAAUUUCUAACCGAUCUGCAAAAGAAUACUAGGAAAUCGUACUUCGAAUUGUUAUAUUAUAUUAUAUUAUAUUGUAUUAUAUUUGAAUGGGCUAGAUAAGCCCAUUGUUAUUGUUAAGUGGUUAAAGAUAUUUACUUCCUAUUCAAACUGAAAACAAAAUAAAUUUUAGUAUGAUA